GAACUGUUGAUAUCGCCAUCUAUAUACCUCCCAACAUCUCAAGCAUGGUACAAAUCAACAACACAUCAGAAGUCCGUCUGAGUUACACCCUCUACAACAGCAGCAGCCUGUUUGUGCAGACUUCCCAGGGUGCAGCGGGACCUUUCCAGGGUGCAGCGGGACCUUCCCAUGAUGCCGUGGGAACCCGCGUCAUCGGCGGGAGAAUCGCAGGGAGGCGGGUCAAGAACCUGCCCGAACCGGUCAUCAUCACCUUUGCCCCCCUACAGAAUUUUCUUCCUGAAGACGUGAAGGGGGUCAGGUGUGUGUUUUGGGACUUUGAGGCCGAGGCAGGACAAGGAGCGUGGUCGACUGAAGGGUGUGAGAGCACGGGCGAGGAAAAUGGACUGUACACCUGCGCCUGUAACCACCUCACCAACUUCGCGGCAAUCUUUGACGUGCUCGGUGCGGGUUUCGGAGAGCACGAGAGACCGCUAGAGGUCAUCACUAUUGUGGGGUGUGUCGUGUCCAUCGUUUGCCUGGUCCUCACCUUACUCUCUUUUAUCGUCACAAGGAACUACAAACGCCGCGCCAGCACAGGCCAUGCCAGGAACCAGCGGCUCGUCCUCAUCAACCUCUGUGUGGCUCUGCUGGCCAUCCUCGUCAUCUUCCUCGCUGGCAUCAACCAGACGGCGUCUCCCAUUGGCUGUACGGUGGUGGCCGCGUUGUUACACUACUUCCUAUUGGCUGCCUUGGUGUGGAUGGCGGUGGAGGCCGUUAACAUAUACCUCGCCGUUGUGGUAGUGUUUGACCAUCACGUGUCUGAGAACUUCGUCAUCAGGGCUGCAGCAGUGGCAUGGGGCUUUCCCCUUGUCGCCACGGUGCUGACUGUGGGACCCUCGAGUCUCUACCAAUACAGGAUGAAGAACAAUUGCUGGUUGGCACAGACACCCCUGAUCUAUGCCUUCCUGCUCCCAGCGGGUCUCAUCCUGCUGUUCAACCUGAUGGUCUUCGUCAUCGUCAUGUGCAAACUGGUGCGGGACGAGAGGGAACUCAAACAGCUCAGAGGUGCUAAGGUCCAAGAGGCAGACCGUUACUGGAUAACCCGCCAGAUCCGCCGAGCCUUCAGCAUCAUGGCUCUGUUUGGUCUCACCUGGCUGUUCGGCUUCUUCGUCAUCACCGACGCGCGCGCAGUGUUCGCCUACCUGUUCUGCCUCUUCAACACCCUCCAGGGCCUCUUCAUCUUCAUCUUCCACUGCGUGAUGCGAGAGGACAUGAAGAAGUGGUGGAGGAAGCUGAGAGACAUGGCGGCACCGUGCAGCUACAGGGGAGAGAAGAAGCGUGGUCUGUACGAUGUCAGUGGGAGAAGAACGUCGUUGUCUUCCACUGUACAAACGUCACAGACAACGCUUGUACGGCUGAGCUCUCUCUCAUAUAAUAGCCCACCUGAUGGCGAGCCAAUGUAGUAACAUUCAUGUCUAUUUUUAGGGAGACUGUCUUGGGAUUGGAAAGACUGUGUUAAAAACCUGAUGGUGAGCCGCUGUAGUAACAUUCAAGUCCAUUGUUCAGGAUACUGGAAAGAUGGUGUUAAAAAGAAUUUAUAUUGCAUUUCACAUAUAUGAGGACAAUGAGAAACAAGUAAUACACUAGAACAAACCAAAAUCACAUACCACGCAAUCAAUGAUACAUAAACGUAUUUUUUAUCAAAGAAAAACUAAACGGAAUGCACAACAUGUAAAUGAAUUCAUUUUUACGCAGAUAAACUGAGAAAAAGAUCUAACAAUCAUAUAUUAAUGGGCAUUAAUCUAUUGAAACGAAAGCAUAUAAAGCAAAUCCAG